AGGGGGAGUGGGGAAUGUCCUGCGCAUGCGCGGUGCGGCCUGCCUGACCGACCUUCAUCUCGGGCCAGUACCACCAUGUUUUCUCGGGCGGGCGUCGUUGGGGUCUCGGCCUGGGCCGUGCAGCCGCAAUGGUAUGGCCGCUUGCGGAUCCAAAUUCGAAAUAUGGCAACUUUGAAAGAUAUUACCAGGCGACUAAAGUCAAUCAAAAACAUCCAGAAAAUUACCAAGUCUAUGAAAAUGGUAGCAGCAGCCAAAUAUGCCCGAGCAGAGAGGGAACUCAAGCCAGCUCGAGUGUACGGAGUAGGAUCUCUGGGUAAGAGAGGCGUGUCUGAGAUGAUUGACAAAUUGACUUUGACUUUCAACCGCACUCGCCAAGCUGUCAUCACAAAGGAGUUGAUUGAAAUCAUCUCGGGUGCUGCGGCCCUAAUCNCUAAACAGAUCAAAAAUGAGGUGGCUACGCUCACAGCAGAAGGGAAAGAAGUUAAGAUUGUCGGAAUUGGUGAUAAAAUCAGGGGUAUACUUCAUAGGACUCAUUCUGACCAGUUCCUGGUGACAUUCAAAGAAGUGGGAAGAAAACCCCCUACUUUUGGAGAUGCGUCAGUCAUUGCCCUGGAAUUAUUAAAUUCUGGAUAUGAAUUUGACGAAGGAUCUAUUGUCUUUAAUCGAUUCAGGUCUGUCAUCUCCUACAAGACAGACGAAAAACCCAUCUUUUCCCUUAAUACCAUUGCAAGUGCUGAGAGCAUGAGCAUCUACGAUGAUAUUGAUGCUGACGUGCUGCAGAAUUACCAAGAAUACAGUCUGGCCAACAUCAUCUACUAUUCUCUCAAGGAAUCCACCACGAGUGAGCAGAGCGCCAGGAUGACAGCCAUGGACAACGCUAGCAAGAAUGUAAAGAAGGAAAAUUCAGCCAGCUAA